GGAAGAAAAAAAAGCCCACCCGGGUCUGCGAAGUCCUCUCUCGUCUUUGUAUGUGCCUUCUCAUUCUGCCGCCACUUCGCGCUAUAUUGUACGGCGGUGCUGUGACGUCAUCCGCAAGGUCACGUGUUACUGAGGAGUCGCCCCCUGCCGGCUGCCAGCAGAUAUCAGGCAAUACAUCAAACACGUGACCUCCACUUUGCAACGCUGUUUUAUGGCACUGACCCACAAUGCAACGCUUCUGUGGCCCACCUGCUGAACAGAAGCACGCACAUGAAAAUAAGAAUGUUGUGUGUUGUGUACAAGGUGGGAGGACGCUUCUUCUCAAUGGGCGAGGGGGCGUGGUGACGCAGUUGAGGGGGCGUGCCUCGCAUUGCGGACGCGGCGUUCAAUGACGAGGAAAACGUCGGUAUUUUUUUAGAAUGUCGGGUCCCUGAACGCAACGUCGCUUCUGACGUUCCGCCUGUGCGCGUGCACGCGUGUGGGUCUCCGGCGUGGGCGCAGCGGAGGUCUCUCCUAUAAAGGACGGAACCACCACCACCACCACCACCCUCAGCAUCAUCAGCAUCAUCACGCGGCAAACAUGUCCCGGACCGACGAGGUGCACCGAAUCACGGAGAACGUCUACAAGUCCAUCAUGGAACAAUUCAAUCCAUGUUUGAGGAACUUCGUGGCCAUGGGGAAAAGUUACGAGAAGGCGCUGACCAGUGUCACGCACGCCGCUAAGGGCUACUUCGACGCUCUGGUGCGGAUGGGCGAGAUGGCCAGCCAGAGUCAAGGCGCUAAGGAUCUGGAGGAAACAGCAUGGGAGGUUCUCUUCCAGAUGGCCGAAGUGCACCGGCGGAUCCAGAUGCAACUGGAAGAGAUGCUGAAGUCCUUCCACAACGAGCUGCUCACUGAGCUGGAGAAGAAGGUGGAGAUGGACGCUCGCUACCUCAACGCGGCGCUGAAGAAGUACCAGACGGAGCACAGGAGCAAAGGCGAGAGUUUGGAGAAGUGCCAGGCUGAGCUGAAGAAGCUGCGGCGUAAGAGUCAGAGCAGCAAGACGCCGUCCAAGUACGGCGAGAAGGAGAUGCAGUACGUGGAGGCCGUGAACGCCAAGCAGAGCGAGCUGGACAACUACGUGGCCGAAGGCUACAGGAGCGCCGUGUCGGAGGAGAGGAGGCGCUUCUGCUUCCUGGUGGACCGCCAGUGCGCCGCCGCCAAGAACAGCGGCAGCUUCCACGGCAAGGGGAGGGAGCUUCUGUCCCAAAGUCUUCCUAUCUGGCAACAAGCCUGCACCGACACCGCCCUCCAGUCCCUCCAGUCCCUCCAGUCCCUCCAGACCCUCCAGACCCUGCCCAUGUCCCCGGCGCUGAGGCUCAGCGGAGCCGUCGGGCCGCAGAGGCUGAUGGAAGGCGGCGCCGGGUCGUCGAACAGCACAGCUGGCGACUACCAGCAGUGGGCGGAGUCUAAAGUGUCGACGCCCCCGCAGGUCCAGAGACACGGGGCGGACGUGUACUCCAACACGCUGCCCGUCCGCAAGGCGGCGCCCGCCAAGAGCAAAGCCUCGCUAACGGAGACGCGCACGCUGCCGCGCUCCAGCUCCAUGGCGGCGGGCCUGGAGAGGAACGGGCGGCCGCGCGUGCAGGCCGUCUUCUGCCACGCGGCGGGCGACAACAGCACGCUGCUCAGCUUCAAGGAGGGCGACGUGGUCACGCUGCUGGUGCCCGAGGCUCGCGACGGCUGGCACUACGGCGAGAACGAGAAGACGCGCAUGCGGGGCUGGUUUCCUUUCUCCUACACCCGCCUGGUCUGCGAGGGCGACUUUCCUGCACGCAAGCUCCAGCACGCCAAGAGCAGCAGCACAGGAAACCUGCUGGAGAGGGAGGGCGACACACAGCCACGCCCCCAAGGCCUCAUGCCCGCCUUCUCGCAGCUCUUCAGAAAUCAAACUCAUUUCUACAGUCUGAGACUCCGCCUCUUCAAGCUUGACCCCGCCCACGCCUGCCAUGCUAUGAUGUCAUCAGAGGGCGACAUGAGUGAUGCUGACAACACAAUAGGAGACGUUUACUGUAUUCAUGUUCUUAUACUCAUGUAAUAUAUUAUUAUUAUUCAUGUUAUUAUACUCAUGUAAUAUAUUAUUAUUAUUCAUGUCAUUAUACUCAUGUAAUAUAUUAUUAUUAUUCAUGUCAUUAUACUCAUGUAAUAUAUUAUUAUU